UAGUAAUUUGUGAUCUAUUCAGGAUAGGCGUUCCUAUGGUUAGGCGUGAACUUGUAUCUCUUAUAUCAUGAAUGAGAAAGAUCUUGUAUACGAUGGUGACCAAAAACUGUUCAGUACUGGCUCUCUCGCUCAGAACAAGUUUGAAUUUACGGUUGAUCUUGAAGAUGUAACAUCAAACAGGAAUAGUGGUAACCAUAGCCCGAAAGGAAAUGGAAGUCCUAAUGAAGCUGAUAGGAAGUGGGUCCAAAAAUCCUUCCGUUACAAGGUAUAUUGCCAAGGAAUGGAAAUCAGCCUUGCCUUCAAAAUUCCUCUGCAGGCUAUUGCCAAGGCUAUUGCCAAUGCCUUAAAGGGGAAUGAGACAGAGAAUUAUCAAGAAGCCAUUAGAUUGACUGCAAACAAGAAAGCCGAAGCAGAAAGGAUAUUGCAGAUAAAAACACCUGAAGGAGAAGCUGAGUCCAUGUAUAUAUCAGGACUCGGUAUAGUUCGUCAACGUUUAGCUAUCAUGGACGAACUGAGGGACACAUUCUCUAAAAACGUACCCGAAACUUCUUUUCAAGAUGUCUUGGAUAUGGUGUUGGUAACCCAAUACUUCGACACCAUGAAGGAAAUUGGAGCAUACUCCAAAUCUUAACAUGGUCCCGGUGCUGUCAGAGACAUUGCUGUACA